AUGGUUUUGGGCAAUCCCAGGUCAGGCGAGGCUUCUUCAGUCAGACUCGUUGAUGGCAGCAGCUCUUGUUCGGGAAGAGUGCAGGUUCUCCAUGAUGGAAAAUGGGGAACCGUGUGUUACGAUGGCUGGGAUUUGUUCGACGCAAAUGUUGUGUGUAGUGAGUUGGGCUGUGGGGAAGCGAAAGAGGUGAAGUCUGCGCAAUAUUUUGGGAAUAGCUCAGGACAAAUAUGGCUGACUAAGGUGAAAUGUUUUGGGAAUGAGUCCUCGCUGACAGAAUGUCCAGUGGGUGGAGAGGAAAAAUGGGGACAAAAAAAGUGCCUUUUUGACAUAUAUGCUGGAGUCAUCUGUCAGACCAGAACCAGGCUGGUGAGUGGCAUCAACUCUUGUUCCGGACGAGUGCAGGUUCUUUAUAACGGAACGUGGGGAACAGUGUGUGAUGAUGGCUGGGAUCUGUCUGAAGCUGCAGUAGUGUGUAGAGAGAUUGGCUGUGGGGAUGUGAUUGAGGUGAAGAGAUCGGCGUAUUUUGGAGAAGGUUCAGGACAAAUAUGGAUGGAUAAUGUAAACUGCACUGGAAAUGAGUCUGCGUUGAGCAAAUGCGCAUAUCUUGGACUGGAGCAUAAUGACUGCAGUCACUCCAAGGAUGUUGGAGUCAUCUGUCAGCCUGUUAUAAGGACGGUAGAAGGCUUUGACGCUUGUUCUGGGAGAGUGGAGGUUCUCCAUAAUGGAAAAUGGGGAACCGUGUGUGAUAAUAACUGGGAUGGAUCAGAUGGCAAAGUGGUAUGUAAAGAAAUGGGCUGUGGAAAAAUCAAAACAUUAACAUUUGGUGCUUAUUUCGGAGUCACAUCAGGACAAAUAUGGAUGAGCAAUGUGAACUGCAAUGGAGAAGAGGCUGCUCUGAGCACCUGUGCAUUUGAGGGAUGGGGAACACAUAACUGUCUUCAUGCAAAGCACGCUGGAGUCAAGUGUCGCCGUGAGUUGAAAACUUCCCUGUCAGGCUGGUGA